AGAUCAAAGUUUUGCUGCAAGCGCAUCUUUCAAUGGUUGCCAGGAGUCGUCACUGUUUUCCAUCUCUGAUUCAUGAUUGGCUGUCAGACUGACCGAUGCGUCUCAAGGAAGAGAAUUUAAACAGAAGGGGCGGGAUAUAAUUUGAAAUUUUUCACCGCAUGAUCCAAACCAAAGUCAGCAUUAACAGCCAGGACGUAGCUGAAGCUGACAGAUCAAGCAAUGGCUUCUCAGAAUAUGGAUCCAGCUGCCACCUCCACAGCAGCCUUGAAUAAAGGCAACGAAACGAGUGUAACUGUGCCCAAGGGCUCUGUUUCCAAGAGACUUCAACAGGAGUUAAUGACAUUGAUGAUGUCUGGAGAUAAAGGAAUUUCUGCCUUUCCCGAGGGUGACAAUCUUUUUAAAUGGAUCGGUACUAUUGAUGGUGCUAAAGGAACGGUUUAUGAGGGCCUGCGGUACAAGUUGUCUCUGGAGUUCCCCAGCGGUUAUCCAUACAAAGCACCUACUGUCAAGUUCGUCACCGCCUGCUUCCAUCCAAAUGUCGAUGAGAGUGGCUACAUCUGCUUGGACAUCCUGAAGGAGAAGUGGUCGGCCCUGUAUGACGUUCGGUCUAUACUCUUAUCCAUUCAGAGCUUGCUUGGAGAGCCGAACAAUGAUAGUCCAAUGAAUACUGUAGCAGCUGGUCUCUGGGCAGAUCAAGAAGCCUUCAAGACCCAUUUACAUUCAACCUACAAGAAUUAAGAUUGUCUAGCCCUGAAUAUCCUGUUUGUUUUUGUCUCUUGUUUGUUUGAAAUUAUGUAAAGUCUGUCUGUACUAUAUUUUUAUGUUUUAAACUGAUUAAAAUGGUUUGAUAUA